CUCUGCCCGGAGCCCAUGAGCACCAUGCGCCUGCUGACACUCGCCCUGCUUUUCUCCUGCUCCUUUGCCCGUGCCGCCUGCGACCCCAAGAUUGUCAACAUCGGAGCCGUGCUGAGCACGCGAAAGCAUGAGCAGAUGUUCCGUGAGGCCGUGAACCAGGCCAAUAAGCGGCAUGGCUCCUGGAAGAUUCAGCUCAACGCCACCUCGGUCACCCACAAGCCCAACGCCAUCCAGAUGGCCCUGUCGGUGUGCGAGGACCUCAUCUCCAGCCAGGUCUACGCCAUCCUAGUUAGCCACCCACCUACCCCCAACGACCACUUCACUCCCACCCCCGUCUCCUACACAGCCGGCUUCUACCGCAUCCCCGUCCUGGGGCUGACCACCCGUAUGUCCAUCUACUCAGACAAGAGCAUACACCUGAGCUUCCUUCGCACGGUGCCGCCCUACUCCCACCAGUCGAGCGUCUGGUUCGAGAUGAUGCGCGUCUACAGCUGGAACCACAUCAUCCUCCUGGUCAGCGACGACCACGAGGGCAGGGCCGCCCAGAAGCGCCUGGAGACGCUGCUGGAGGAGCGCGAGUCCAAGGCUGAGAAGGUGCUGCAGUUCGACCCGGGGACCAAGAACGUGACGGCGCUGCUGAUGGAGGCACGGGAGCUGGAGGCCCGGGUCAUCAUCCUCUCUGCCAGCGAGGACGACGCCGCCACCGUGUACCGCGCAGCCGCGAUGCUGAACAUGACAGGCUCCGGGUAUGUGUGGCUGGUGGGGGAGCGAGAGAUCUCGGGGAACGCCCUGCGCUACGCCCCUGACGGCAUCAUCGGACUGCAGCUCAUCAAUGGCAAGAACGAGUCGGCCCACAUCAGUGACGCCGUCGGUGUGGUGGCCCAGGCAGUGCACGAACUCCUGGAGAAGGAGAACAUCACCGACCCACCGCGGGGCUGCGUGGGCAACACCAACAUCUGGAAGACAGGGCCGCUCUUCAAGAGGGUGCUGAUGUCCUCCAAGUACGCAGACGGGGUGACAGGCCGCGUGGAGUUCAACGAGGACGGGGACCGGAAGUUCGCCAACUACAGCAUCAUGAACCUGCAGAACCGCAAGCUGGUGCAAGUGGGCAUCUACAACGGCACCCACGUUAUCCCCAACGACAGGAAGAUCAUCUGGCCAGGUGGAGAGACAGAGAAGCCCCGAGGGUACCAGAUGUCCACCAGGCUGAAGAUUGUGACGAUCCACCAGGAGCCUUUCGUGUACGUCAAGCCCACGCUGAGCGAUGGCACAUGCAAGGAGGAGUUCACGGUCAAUGGGGACCCGGUGAAGAAGGUGAUCUGCACAGGACCCAAUGACACGUCACCGGGCAGCCCACGCCACACAGUGCCUCAGUGCUGCUAUGGCUUCUGCAUUGACCUGCUCAUCAAGUUGGCGCGGACCAUGAACUUCACCUAUGAGGUGCACCUGGUGGCCGAUGGCAAGUUCGGCACUCAAGAGCGGGUGAACAACAGCAAUAAGAAGGAGUGGAACGGGAUGAUGGGCGAGUUGCUCAGCGGGCAGGCGGACAUGAUCGUGGCGCCCCUGACCAUCAACAAUGAGCGUGCACAGUACAUCGAGUUCUCCAAGCCCUUCAAGUACCAGGGCCUGACCAUUCUGGUCAAGAAGGAGAUCCCCCGAAGCACGCUGGACUCGUUCAUGCAGCCCUUCCAGAGCACACUGUGGCUGCUGGUGGGGCUCUCGGUGCACGUGGUGGCGGUGAUGUUGUACCUGCUGGACCGCUUCAGCCCCUUCGGCCGGUUCAAGGUGAACAGUGAAGAGGAGGAGGAGGACGCGCUGACCCUGUCUUCGGCCAUGUGGUUCUCCUGGGGUGUCCUGCUCAACUCGGGUAUCGGGGAAGGUGCCCCCCGAAGCUUCUCAGCGCGCAUCCUGGGCAUGGUGUGGGCCGGCUUCGCCAUGAUCAUCGUGGCCUCCUACACCGCCAACCUGGCGGCCUUCCUGGUGCUGGACCGGCCCGAGGAGCGCAUCACCGGCAUCAACGACCCGCGGCUGAGGAAUCCCUCGGACAAGUUCAUCUACGCGACUGUGAAGCAGAGCUCGGUGGACAUCUACUUCCGGCGGCAGGUGGAGCUGAGCACCAUGUACCGACACAUGGAGAAGCACAACUAUGAGAGCGCGGCCGAGGCCAUCCAAGCCGUGCGGGACAACAAGCUUCAUGCCUUCAUCUGGGACUCCGCGGUGCUGGAGUUUGAAGCCUCGCAGAAGUGCGACCUGGUGACCACUGGCGAGCUGUUCUUCCGCUCAGGCUUCGGCAUCGGCAUGCGCAAGGACAGCCCCUGGAAGCAGAACGUCUCCCUGUCCAUCCUCAAGUCCCACGAGAACGGCUUCAUGGAAGACCUGGACAAGACGUGGGUGCGGUACCAGGAGUGUGACUCGCGCAGCAACGCCCCUGCUACCCUUACCUUCGAGAACAUGGCAGGGGUCUUCAUGCUGGUGGCUGGGGGCAUUGUGGCCGGCAUCUUCCUGAUCUUCAUUGAGAUCGCCUACAAGCGACACAAGGACGCUCGUCGGAAGCAGAUGCAGCUAGCCUUUGCCGCGGUGAACGUGUGGAGAAAGAACUUGCAGGAUAGAAAGAGUGGUAGAGCAGAGCCCGACCCUAAAAAGAAAGCCACAUUUAGGGCUAUCACCUCCACCCUGGCUUCCAGCUUCAAGAGACGUAGGUCCUCCAAAGACACGAGCACCGGGGGUGGACGCGGCGCUUUGCAAAACCAAAAAGACACAGUGCUGCCGCGACGCGCUAUUGAGAGGGAGGAGGGCCAGCUGCAGAUGUGUGCCCGUCAUAGGGAGAGCUGAGACGCCCUGCCCGCCCUCCUCUGCCCCCCUCCCCCGCAGACAGACAGACAGAUGGACGGGACAGCGGCCCGGCCCACGCAGAGUCCCGGAGCACGACGGGGUCAGGGGGAGGAGCGCCCCCCAGCCUCCCCCAGGCCGCGCCCGCCCGCCCGCCGGUCGGCCGGCUGGCCGGUCCACCCGUCCCGGCCCUGCGCGUGCCCCCGAGCAUGGGGGCUAACGGGCUGCCUUGUCU